AUGGAAGGAUACGGUCCACCAAGAUUUGCGAUCGGAGACCAGUGGGAGAUGUAUCAAGAGCGUUUGGAGCAGUACUUUGUAGCUGUGGACCUGGAAGAGGAGCAAGUUUACCAAACCGUGAAGAACAUCUGCCAUCCUGCGAAGCCGAAUGAGAAGUCCUACGUCGAACUUUGCGCUUUGUUGAAGGGAAGAUUCUGUCCGACGAUGGUUACGUAUCGGGAGCGAGCUGUAUUCUACAGGGCUCGACAGGAAUCAGGAGAAACUGUUCAAGAAUGGUAUGUUCGAUUGAAGAAGUUAUCCCUGAAUUGCGAAUUUGGAGAACAUUUGGACCAUGCACUGAAGGACAUUUUCGUUACGGGACUUCAACCGGGUCCGAUUUUCGAACGUUUGUGUGAAGAAGAAGACUUCGUUCCGUUGGAGAAUUUACUCAGGGUUGCGGCGAAAAAAGAAGCCACGUUGAAAAACCGAGGAGUUCUUGAAGUAAACAAGAUCAGCGAGAAAAAGGCCAAUUACGGAUCGAAGCCUUCGAAGAAACCCAGUUCGGCGAGCUGCUUUGCCUGCGGUAAGAACAAUCACGAUUUUCGAAGCUGUCAAUAUCGCAGCUAUGUGUGCAAGAUUUGUAAGGAAAAAGGUCACAUUGCCGUGGUCUGUCCGAAGAAGCAAAAAGGAAUCUCUGGACGGAAGGAUAGUAACGUCAACCAUUUGGAAGUUAACAACAUUGGUUGCUGCGAUCCCUACUUCGUGAACGUUGCGGUCAAUGGACGAAUCACCAAGUUUGAAAUGGACACAGGAUCACCGAUAACGAUCAUUUCCGAAACAUUCUACCGCAAUCAUUUUGAAGAAUUUCCUUUACACCCGUUCCGGGGCAAGUUGGUGUUUUAUACCGGAGGAGAAGCUUCACCGAAAGGAGCGUUUGACGCGGUGCUGGUUUACCAGGGUCGACAAGCUGUUGGCCAAGUAGUGGUCAUUGAAGGAGGACGUAAUCCACUGAUUGGACGCGACUUUAUUGGCAAACUUCUGAAAUUUCAAAUCAACAAACUGGACACGGAGUCACCGGAGAAGCAUGAAGAACAGUUGAAUGCAAUUUUGAAUCGUUAUGGAGAAUUGUUUGAUGGAUCGUUGGGAUGCUACAAAUACGCGAAGGUCAAUCUUCAGCUGAAGCCGGAUGUUGAACCAAAGUUUUUCAAACCGAGGAAGAUACCAGUUUCGUUUCAAUCCAAGGUGGAAAAGGAGUUAGAGAACCUGGAGAAGACCGGCAUUAUAACUAAAGCUGAGACUGCUGAAUGGGGAACACCGUUGGUUCCUGUUUUGAAGAAGGACAAAUCCAUUCGCCUGUGCGCUGAUUAUCGAGUCACUGUUAACCCACAUUUGGAGGACAAGCGAUACCCGAUGCCAGUUGUGGAAGAUCUCUUCGAUGCUUUACAAGGCGAUCUACCAGCGGUAUUGAUUACUGAUGCUUCAGGAAAAGGAAUUGGCGCGGUUCUUCUACAAGUGUUUCCGGAUGGAAGUCAGCGACCAGUGACGUUCAUUUCGAGAGUACUGAAGAGUCAUGAGCAAGAGUAUUCCCCUUUGGACAUGGAAGCUUUGGCUGUUUAUUAUGCUGUACGAAGAUUGAGCGGUUACUUGUUGGGAAGAUCAUUCACCAUUUUGACGGAUCAUCAACCACUGGUGUCGUUAUUUGGACGAAAAGGUAUUCCGGAUAUGGUGUUUGGCAAGCUGCAACGUUGGGCUGUAUUUUUGGCGAAUUACGAAUAUGAAAUCAAGUACAUCAAAGGAGUUAACAACAAGGUAGCAGAUUUUCUUUCCCGAUCACCAGUUCAAUGUAACCACGAGGACGUUGGAGACGACGAAGAAGUUUUGUUCCUGCAGUACAUAGAAUCCGAGACGAGAUCGUUGGUUGAACGGAAGCAGCUGAUAGUAGAAUCUCGACGUGAUCCUGUUAUUAGCCGUAUUGUGAAUUUUGUCAAGACCGGAUGGCCCAACAAUGUGGAGGAUCCAGACCUGAAGAAGUUUUCUGUUCGGAAGGAUGAGCUUGUUGUUGAAGAAGGAGUGUUAAUGUGGGGCUAUCGCAUUGUGGCGCCUACAAAACUUCGACCGUUUUUGCUUCAAGAGUUACAUUCGACACAUUUGGGUAUCGUCAAAAUGAAAUCGUUGGCGAGAAAUUACUUCUGGUGGCCGAACAUCGAUAAAGACAUUGAAGACAUGGAAGAACCUGGCGCUCGUGGAGGAGAUAUUCAAGCUAUUGAACAUAUUCCUGAUGACGAGUAUUUGUCGGCUGAGGACGACGACAUUCCAGAACCGAUGAUGAAUCAACAAUCAGGCCACUAUCGUGAAGAUGGAGUUUAUGUUACUAGAAGCAACCGAAUGGUACGAGCUCCGGAUCGCUAUUAG